CGAGUGCACUCGACACGGUCCCAUUCCGAGUUGUCAUCGGCCGUCUCUUUCUCUUAUCAAGGCCUCAAAUCGAAUCAGUAAUACUAUAGUGAUAUUGUGAUUUGUUUGCUCGAGUAAUUCGCAGCCCUGGAUUCCCCGCAGGCAAGAAUGGACGGGCCGGCGGUAUUGUCUCUGCCUCCGAUGUCCAACCAAAAACCAGUUGCGUCGCCGCAGCCCCAGUUGCAUUCCAAACCGAAUCAGGAGUUGCAGGUGGGAACAGUGUCGUUAUACGGGAUCCACAUCGUGUCUCUGGUGAUCGAGGGUCAGGAACGAUUAUGCCUGGCUCAGAUCAGCAAUACACUGCUCAAGCAGUUCAGCUACAACGAGAUUCACAACCGCCGUGUAGCCCUGGGCAUCACCUGCGUCCAAUGCACACCGGUGCAGCUUGAAAUCCUCCGAAGAGCCGGUGCCAUGCCAGUUUCCUCAAGAAGAUGCGGGAUGAUCACGCGACGGGAAGCCGAACGACUCUGCAAAUCUUUCCUGGGCGAUAACGCGCCCCCCAGACUUCCCGAGGACUUUGCGUUUUCGGUACACCACGAAUGCGCGUGGGGUUGUAGAGGCGCAUUUUUGCCAGCACGGUACAACAGUUCCCGAGCAAAGUGCAUCAAGUGUGCUUACUGCGGUCUCUUCUUCUCCCCGAACAAGUUCAUAUUCCAUUCUCACCGUAUCGGCCCAACGGACAAAUACGUCCAGCCAGACGCUGCGAACUUCAACUCUUGGCGAAGACACAUGAAGCUAUCAGGUAGCCCCCCUGACGACGUGGUCCACGCCUGGGAAGACGUGAAGGCGAUGUUUAACGGAGGAACGAGAAAGAGACUGCUGUCGAAUCCCACGGGACCUCGGUGCACGCCAACGGCCGUUAAGCGUGCCAGAUCCUCGCCACCGACGCAAUUGCCCUCCCCAAUACCCUCGCCGACGCAUCCGCGAGUUCCUCCGUUCCCUGAGCUGCCGCUUCCACUGUCGAGAAAUUUCGUCAUGGACUACGUGUGGCAUCAGCAUCAGCAGGCGGCGGCAGCAGCGGCGGUAAAAACUCCCGGCUUCUCAUUUUCGCAGUACGCUUUACCAUGGCUAGCAAAAAGACCCGUUCUUUUCCCAGGUCCACUACCUCCGCCGUUAACCGGAGCAACGACGACCGAACCCAUGGCACCGCCAGUCACGUCGUCCUUACACCAGUCCGCUUUUCACCCGGUACUUCGGGCAGGACCCCCACUCAGUGAAUCGGGUCAAAUAGUCCAGGAGUCUACCCCUGAACCAACCGCUGAAAAGGAAGAGGAUUCCGACGACGAGGUGGACAUCGAGACGACGGAGGACGAGGUCAAGGCACCCUUGAAUCACCCUCAGAGUCUCAACUCCGCGUCCAACUCUGCCCUGAGUACGCACAGUGGACACAGCACAUCGCCCCAGUGUUGGAGUCCUCCGAGAGAAACGGAGCGAGAGGCAGAAAAAAUAGCCGAAGAAGCCGCGGCCCUGAGAGAAGUGAAACCCGAGGUCUCUAGAGUGGCUACGACGACCGGAAGUCCAGAGAGCUGGCAUGGAGGAGCACUUUAUAGGCACCUACAUUUACUCAGAGGUAGCGACGUGUCCGACUGCUCUGCUUGCAGGCCUCGAGGCGUCUUCUACGGACAAGUUCACAGCCCCUCAGCUCCCACAAAUUAAUUAUUGUCAUAAUUAUUCUCCACCGCUCUGUAGUGCGUUCUGUAAAUUACGUAUACAUA